UUAGCUCUAUCCUUAUUCAUUAAUCUGUCUGCCCGCCGAAAAUUUGUGCGGAAAAAUAUUGCGACACAGCCCUAAAAGGAUUAUAAUUGUUCAUUAGUGAAUUCCUAACUAAUUUAGUGUGUUGAAAGUUUAUUCAUUUGUGUAGUUUUCAGUUCUUUGAAAUAAGACACCAUGGCUGCGCCAAUCAUGAAUCCACCCACUCCCUUCACCACAAUAAUUCCUGGAGGUUUUUUUCCUGGAAAAAUGAUACGAAUCCGAGGAUUUGCUCCAAUGCAUGGUCAAAGAUUUGAUAUCAAUCUCCAAACAGGAGCAGGGGGUGAAAUUGCUGGAGAAGAUGUAGCUCUUCACGCUUCAGUUAGAUUAAUAGAAGGAUACAUUGCUAGGAAUACUUUCCAAGGAGGAUGUUGGCAAGAAGAAUUGGGUGAUGGAGGAAUGCCCAUCCAAUUGGGACAAAGAUUUGAAUUUCUUCUCUUGUGUGAGGCCUUCGAUUAUAAGAUUGCUAUAAAUGGCCAACAUUUCUGUAGUUUUCCACCAAGAGUACCUUAUAAUAGAAUUACCCAUCUUUUGAUUGAGGGUGAUGUACAAUUAGAGAUGGUUUCAUGGGAGGGAAGUGCAGCGAGCGCUCCACCAAUGCAUGAACCUCCCAAGUAUGGGGAUGCUGUAGCCCCUCCACAGUACACACCCCAACAAACUUAUGUCCAGCAGUCUGCUCCAAUGCCUCCACCAGGAGCGAGUAAUAUUCCAAUGCCUCCAUUACCUGCUUCAGCCCUGAGCUAUGGACCGGAAAACGGAUUAUAUCCUAAAUUAGACACCCAUUUUCAACCAGGUCCAGGAAUUCAUCCACCGCAACCUGGGUUACAUCCCGAUGGAGUUAUUCCUCCUAUGCCCUCUGGUGUAAUGCCACUACCUCAUGUACAUCAAGAAAUGCCUCAACCCUCUAGUAUCUCAACAACCACUCCUUAUCCUGACUCCGCUCAUGCUCCUUUUCCAAUUCAUCCUGGCUCCCAUCAUCAUGAUUUUGAGCAUAAUUCUCCAACUGACUUUCAUAGCCAUCUUUCUAGAAGAGACUUGAAAAAAAUAGCUAAGGCUGAGCAUAAAAUGGAGAAAGAAAUAUAUAAAGCUCAAAAGAAGGCUGAAAAGAAAGCUUACAAAGCUCAAAAAAGGGCACUCAAGAAAAAGGGUGUUUGUUCUCACUGUAAUCAUUCCAGUUCCUGUUCUUGUUCAUCUUCCAGUUCAGAUUAAUUAUGGG